UAUUUGGCCAGUGUUCCAAAAUCCGGCGCGAACGCUGAGCGCGUCCAUUGCUGCGUCCGUGCGCACAAUAUCGUCAUUACAUAAUUAAAAAAAUAUAUAUUACGUCGACAGAACUACAAUUAUACUAAAUUUAGUGAGUUUUGAGAACAGUUAGUGCAUUUAUUGUUAUUUUUCAAUAGGUCACCGGUCUUUUAUUUUUGGAUGCGAUAAGUAAACGUGAACCAUGGAGAAACCAACAAUGCAUAUGCUCUCCGUCCAGGAGAAGGGCGGAGAGACGAAGAAAACUAAUCAAUACAUCGCAGCCAUUGCAGCGGCGAUUGGCGCGAUCGCAGCCGGAACGAUCCUAGCGUGGACGUCUCCAGCGUUACCUCAGCUAGAGCCGCCGAAGAACACGACGAAAAAUAUUACGGAACCAGAAAUCGAUAUAUUCUCAAUGAACGAGACUGACAGCAUUAUUGAUAAAAAUUUAACUCAAGUGUUGUUAAAUUCGCUGGGACAACCUGCCGACUUUUUGUUGAAUACCACUGAAAGUUCCCUGGUGUCAGCAAUCCUAGCCAUCGGGGCGGCUAUUAGCGCCCUACCUGUUGGCGUUUUCGCACAAAAAUUCGGAAGACGCCCAACAAUGCUUGCACUAGCAGUGCCUUUUCUAUUAAACUGGGUGCUCACAAUCUUCGCUAAUGGAUCCGGGAUGCUCAUUGCCGCAAGAUUCUUCGCUGGAAUAGCUACUGGUGGUAUAUGCGUAGCAGCACCCAUGUACAUUGGCGAAAUAACUGAGACCUCUAUCCGAGGUGCUCUGGGUGCUUUCUUCCAGCUGUUCUUGACAGUGGGCAUCCUGUUCACAUUCGUCGUCGGCGGCUGGACUCAUUGGAGGACGCUCUCCAUCAUUUCCGCAAUCUUCCCGAUAUUACUGGUCGCUGUUUUUUGGUGGAUGCCGGAAACGCCCCAAUAUCUGUUAGGUCAGAACAGAAGGCGCGAUGCAGAGAAAGCCUUGAGGUGGCUCCGAGGACCUGACGCUGACCUCUCCGCGGAACUCGAAGACAUGCAGAAAGACGUGGAUAAUUCAGCCCGUCAGAAGGCCGGCAUGGUCAGCAUGAUCACCAACCGCGCGCCCCUCAUGGCGCUCAUCUGCUCGCUGGGGCUCAUGUUCUUCCAACAGUUCAGUGGCAUCAACGCCGUCAUCUUCUACACCAACAACAUCUUCCAGUCUGCCGGCUCCAACAUCCCGCCCGCCAUCGCCACCAUCAUCGUGGGAGUGGUGCAAACUAUCGCCACCUACAUCUCCUCCCUCCUCAUUGAGAAGGCCGGCAGACGCAUCCUGCUUCUCCAGAGUUGUAUCAUUAUGGGCAUAUGUUUGAUAGUUCUCGGUACGUACUUCAAGUUGCAGGAGAGCGGUGCGAAGGUCGCUCCCGUCGGCUGGCUCCCGCUGCUGUGUCUGGUCCUCUUCAUAAUUUCCUUCUCGCUCGGUUUCGGGCCGAUACCCUGGAUGAUGAUGUCGGAGCUGUUCGCCGUCGAGUUCAGAGGGACGGCGUCUGGUAUCACGGUCAUCAUGAACUGGUGCCUCGUCUUCAUCGUCACGCUAUGUUUCCCCUUGAUGAAGGACGCGAUCGGUAUUUACAGUUGCUUCUGGUUCUUCAGUGGUUUCAUGAUCAUAUGCGUUUUCUUCGUGUUCUUCUUGAUCCCCGAGACGAAGGGGAAGACUGUCUCUCAGAUCCAGACCAUCCUCGGCGGGUCGAGGUCUUGAACAAAGUCGAUCGUAAUGUGUCGAAUACUCAGUGUUUUGUUUAUGGAAUUUCGUCAAUUGUAUCAAAUAAGUUUUAGUUAUAAGACUAAUAAUUUAAAUAGAUGUGUUCAUAUCAUUUCACGCGCAAUUAUCGUUCGAUGACAUUAUAAAGUAUGUGUGGAUCGGAUUCUAGUAGACAUUGCUCGUUUUAUGUAAUUUGUGAUUAACUGUAAACAAUUUACGGCCAUUGUUAUAAACGUUGCUUAGCGGUGCCGGGAAACACUGUCCGUCUCUUUCUGUCAUUAUUGAUUUGACGUUCGUAAGAAGAAGACAGCACUGUUUACCUAAACAUCCCCUAUACGACGUUUGUAUAUAAGGUCAUUGGUUUUUUAGCAAUUUUUUAUUAUUAUUAAGUGAAAACGUGCCAAAUAUUUAUUGUCGGCGUCGGAUUUUUUUUUUUUUAAUUUAUUCGUGACGUAUUUGAAUGUGAUGUGCAAUAAAUUAGUGAUAUAGGUAAUCGCUUUUAAUUUGGAUUAGAUACUUUUUAUAAAUAUUUAAAUCUGCGUACUUUGUUAUAUUUUGUGACAAUAAAAUGUUAUUAAUAAUUUAAAUCGGUUGUUAUAUUGUUAAAGUUUAACUAAAUGUUAAAUAAAAAUGAUUAAUUAUAAUAAUACAUAA